CAACCGGUUUUCAUUAUUUCAGUGGAGGAUCCACAAAAAGUCGGAGAUCCCAUUCGUUCCUUUACCAUGUACACAGUCCAUACCCGUACUACAUCACCUCUUUUUCAAAAGUCCGCCUUCUCUGUCCUCCGUCGCUACUCAGACUUCCUUUGGCUCUACGAGACGCUUUCAAACAAUAACCCAGGUGUGGUUGUCCCCCCUGUCCCGGAGAAGAACUCUUUCGGUCGGUUUGAUGACCAGUUCGUGCGGCAACGCCGACUGGCCUUGGAGAAGUGCAUUCAGAAGAUCGCCAACCAUCCUGUCUUGGGUAAGGAUGCAGAUCUCCGAACUUUCUUGGAGAGUGACUCUUUCGCACUCGACAUCAAACACAGGAAGGCAGAAAUCGCACAUGAGAGAGGUGGACUGAUUGCUUCGAUCGGUCAGACCAUUUCUGGGCCACGUUUCUAUGAAACAGAUGAGUGGUUCGAUAGGCAAAAGGCCUAUCUUGACAGUUUGGAAUCCCAACUGCGCGGACUUGUUAAGGCCAUCGAGUUGGUUGCAAAACAACGCUCAGACCUUGCCGUUGCGACAGGAGAAUUUGCACAAACCAUCAGUGAUCUAUCAGCAUCGGAUGUUGGGAAACAACUUUCACAGGUUCUUUCUGCGCUGGCGGACGUGGAGCGAAAAGCUCAGGAUACACAAAGCACGCAGUCAGAGCAGGAUAUGGUGACUUUGAUGGCGACUGUUGACGAAUAUGCUCGUCUCAUCAAUUCCGUUCGCCUUGCAUUUAGCUCCCGAAUACGAAUGUACCACGCCUGGAAAAACUCGGAGAAUGAUCUCCUUCGCACAAAACAGAAUCACGAGAAGAAUAGAGCUCAAGGCCGAAUACCUACGGAUCGACUGGGAUAUUCUUUAAGCCAGAUAGCUGAGGCUGAGCGCCGAGCUUUGGAAUCAAAGCAUGAAUAUGACCACGUUUCUAAACUCGUCAAGUCCGAAGUUGCAAGGUUUGAACAGGAGCGCAUUGAAGACUUCAAGGAUUCCUUGCAUGCCUUUCUGGAAGGAAUGAUUUCAAGACAAAAAGAGGUACUUGAA